AACGAUAAAAUAAAAUUUUCGGAUUCAUUUCGUAAUCUCGAAGCCCAAUCAUUCAUCCUGUCAAGUAAAAUCCUUGGUGUUGCGCUCCGGCGGGACGAAGCUUGGAAUACGAAAUCGGCGCCGUACGUCAGAAGCGUUGAACAUCAACAUGGCGAUUGAACGAUGCCCGCACGAUGCCGUUUAGUGAAACGACAUUUGUCGUCGACGAAAACAGUGAUAAAUCUACAAUGCGGAAUCGACGAUUUCUAGAGUGUACAUUUGUCCUGGUUCUUGUUACCGUUAUCACACUUCAAUGGAUUCGAUACAAAAAUCUGCAAGAAGAAUGGUUGUCAGAGCAGAGGAAUACGAUAGUCCAACGGUUGGACGAAAGUGGCAGACAAGCUCAAUUGAUGUCGGAAGAAAUCAGGGCUGCAAUAAGAAGCAUUGAAACGCAGAAGAGAAUGAUGUUACAAUUGCAGGGCAAGGAAUUUUAUCGCAACAAGCCAACGAUAUACGCGAUAACCCCAACAUUUGCAAGGUUUGUUCAAAAAGCGGAACUUACUCGAUUGGCGCAGACUUUUGUGCACAUCCCAACCUUCCACUGGAUACUCGUCGAAGAUUCGAUGAACAAAACAAAUCUGGUUACGAAUCUUCUGAUGGACAGUGGGUUGGCCUUCACCCAUUUAGCCAUUCCUACUCCGCCCAAUUAUAAACUCGGAAGAAACGAUCCGAAUUGGAAGAAGCCCAGGGGGGUCGAGCAACGGAACGCGGGCCUCAAGUGGCUCCGAGACAAUCUCACACCCGAUGAUGAAGGCAUCGUAUUUUUCGCUGACGACGACAACACCUAUUCCAUUAAGCUUUUUGAGGAGAUGGAAAAGAUUAAGCAUGUCGGUGUAUGGCCCGUUGGGUUGGUCGGAGGUCUGAUGGUCGAGAAACCGAUAUGCGACGAAGCUACGAACAAAGUGGUUAGCUUCAACUCUGUAUGGAAACCUGACAGACCAUUUCCCAUUGACAUGGCUGGAUUUGCGUUCAAGUUGAAGCUGCUUUUCGAACAUAAAGAUGCUUGGUUCUCAUUCGAGAUCCAAUCCGGUUAUCAAGAGAGCGAAAUAUUACGACAUAUAACCACCAGGGACCAGCUGGAACCCCUAGCUGAUUGUUGCAAAAAGGUAUACGUCUGGCAUACUAGAACCGAGCCACCUAAGCUAAGUGCUGAACAACUUUUGACUAAAAAAGGCAAGAAGUCGAACGAGGGUAUCGAAGUUUAACGGGUGGACUAUUAUAGGCAUUCGUAUUAGAAAUACUCAAAAUACUAUAUAGUAUAGCAUUCAUAACAAUAUAUCGUAAU